GAACAGACGGUGCUAAGUCGCGAUGGAGGUCAGAGGACUGCUUGUUUUAGUUUUAAUAGCCAAUGUGUUUGUUUUAGUUUCAAGUUCAGGCGAGGAAAAUAGCAAUUCAAGUGAAGUAGAAAAAUCUUCCAGUGGCCAUGGACGCGCUGCUUUUCUUCCACCAAGGAGAAGAAGACACACCAAACCAAGAAGAUGUCGAAGAGGAAGUAGAUGUGGCAAAGGAGAAGAGUUUUCCACGUGUAUCCAAUCAAUAGUUAGGCCGCAAUAUUGCGCGGAAGAGGAAAACCAGGGAGUCCGUUCAAUGGAUCCAGUUAAUGCAUCGUGCAAGAAGGGCUGCGUCUGCAAAGUUGAUUACUUGAGAGCCGAUAACGGGACUUGCAUACCUAAGGACCAAUGUGUACCGAAGUGCUGUAAUAACGAAGUAUUAGACACCUGUCCAGGUCCAUGUGAUAAUGAUUAUUGUCCUAAGAAGGAAAAUGAAAAUGCUGACUGCAUAGGAGCUACAGUCUGUCUUAAACCCAGAUGCAAAUGUGCCUUCAACCAUCGACGAGAUGAGAACGGGAAAUGUAUACCAACCACUAGCUGCCCUCCCUUCGACUGCAGCGCCCGCCCGAAUGAAGAGUUUGAUGCUUGCCCUCCGCUCUGCCCCACUGACGACUGCAGUCAAGCUUCACCUUCUGGCAAAUGCCCAGCUCUCUUUGGCAAUAUCGGCAUAGUUCUACCUUGUAACCCAAAAUGCAGGUGCAUCAAAGGCUACUGGAGAAACAAUGGAACGUGUGUGCCUUAUGGACAAUGUCCUGGUGUCUGUCCUACCAAUGAGAGGUAUUCGGAAUGUAUUCAAGGUGAAUGUAGAGCACUCAGUUGUACCGAAAAGGACAAAUCAAUACCGUGUCCGAGGAUCAAAACAGAAAAUUGUUUGAAGGGAUGUGUGUGCGAGGAAAACUAUUUGCGAGCAGCAAACGGCACAUGUGUACCGAAAGACCAAUGUGAAAAUAACGUGUGCCCUGCUAACGAAGAAUGGUCAGAAUGUACGCAAGGGGUUUGUAGAGCAUUGAAUUGCUCUCAAAGAGGAAUCCAAGUGCCCUGUCCUGGCAUCGUAGCGGGGAGCUGCAUAAAAGGAUGUGUUUGUAAAGAAAAUUACUUAAGAGAUGAUAGUGGAGCUUGUAUACCGGCUGAUCAGUGUUACGCCGGUGUGUGUCCAAACGACGAAGAAUACGUCGCAUGUAGUCAAGCGUUACGAAGACUAACGAAUUGUUCUCAACGAGGACAUUACAUUAACUUUGACAGCCCCGAACCGUGUGAAGGUGCAUGUGUCUGCAAAGAAGGCCUUUUGAGGACAAACGAAGGGCUUUGUGUACCAGAAGACAAGUGUGGAAACAUCACUUGUUUCGAUAAUGAAAUUCUGGACAACUGCGCCAAGGAUUGCAACUCCGACUACUGUCCGUUUGCGCCUGAUGUUGAAGAUUACUGCUAUAAACCAGAACCUUGCCAGCCUAAAUGUAAAUGCAGAUUCAACUAUAGGAGAUCAAGCAACGGUACUUGCAUCCCCACGAGAGAUUGUCCCCCUUUUGACUGCUCUGAUCGACCAAACGAGGAAUAUAAAUCCUGCCCACCGCUUUGUCCCACCGACGAGUGUUCUCUUCCAAGGGUAAACGGCAAGUGUCCGUUCAGGAUAGGUGUAACCCUGGAGUGCAAUCCAAAAUGCCAAUGUAAAGAGGGCUAUGGAAGAGUCAAUGGCACCUGCACCCCAUAUGAGCAAUGUCCGGAUCUUUGCCCAGCCAACGAGGAAUACUCUUCGUGUACACAGGCAACGUGCCAGCCACAAAACUGCACCGAUAGAGACACCCUCGUCCCCUGUCCGGGAUACGACAAAAACUCCUGUAAAAGGGGAUGUAUAUGUAAGAAGGAUGACUACAGAAACGAAAUUGGAAAAUGUGUCUCAUACAAGGAGUGUGGAGGUCCAAUCUGCCCCUACAAAAAUGAAGUGUUCACUAGCAAAAAGGUCGGAUGUCCACCGAACACGUGCAUAUCUCUAGUCGCCAAAUUCAAAUGUGAUGCAGAUCAAAAAGUGGAGCCUGGCUGCGUCUGCCAAUCUGGAUACUUGAGGCUUAAUGAGACCUCACCCUGUAUACCUAUAUGCCAGUGCCCACAAAUGUCUAGUUCACCCGAUUGUAUUGGGAAACAGUGAAAUAAGACUUCUAGCAAUAAUAGGGGAAACUAUGCUAAAAUGUAGCUAUUAGUAGAGGAUAAAUGUAUAUUAAUUUAAAAGUACAAUGCUAUGUUUUGUGCGCAAUAAAAAAAUAAGAGAAAUCAA